UCUGAUCUUACUCCAAAUCAAGUUAACUAUCGCCCAAGGUAUCACCGAGGUCAUCCAAAAGAAAUUUACCGUUCAUAAGAACGUGAAAGAGAAAUUUAGAUUCCAAAGUGUGCUUGGGAGAAUCUUUUCGAAUGCAAGAGAAAUGGCGUUGGUGAAUUUUAGUUUGCCAUAUCAGUCAAUUACGAUGGCACCGUUUCUUUACGCGGGCUCAACUGAGGGCUACACGACUACUCAUAGUCUUCGUUUGAACAGCAUGUUACCAUCGGGGUCUACGAUCAGUUACGAUGAACAAGAAAACUUUCGUAACGAGCCUUAUACUCCACCGAUCAAGUAUCAUCAACAUCAACGUAGUCAAUCUACGCAGAAGAAUCAUAAGGUUUAUAUGGAACACAUGUCCUUUUCGGCACAAAAUACUUUUUAUAAUAUGUAUAAUCAGGAUCUUAGAAACACGCGAUCAAGGCAGCAACAACAACAAAUAAGACUGCCAUCGCUUCUCUCAUCAUUUCAGUAUCAGCAAUCGCCUAAAUACAUCAAAACUCGAAUAGAAGAUCAACAAAAUCAGCCAGAGAGACCUAUCGGUUACACAAAUGUCAAUGGCGGGAGCUCCAUCGAUCCUGAUACUAAGACUUCGGUACACGCCGUAUUGGAUUACGACAACGAUUUCGAUGAUUACUAUGAUGAUGAAGAUCAUGACAUACCGAUGAACACGCAUGUCACGCCUAUCCAGGGUCCAAUCUUUCUAAAAAACAAUACCGUGCCUGUGAUACCACUGUACUCGUAUCCCCAACUAAACAACGGGACAUUUGUGCAGAUACCGAUAUUAUGGACUGCACUUUCGGUAAUUUUGGGUGCUGAAUUGAGAGGGGACUUGAUACGGGGCGCACCAUGUAUUAAGAGAUAUCAUCAAUUGUUUUGUCCGACCGCUGGCAACACAUAUCCAAUAGACCGCAUAGAACGUUUUAUUGACGAAAAUAAAGCGUUAAUUAAAAGAAUGUAUGGUGAUUUUGAGAUGAAUCCAGAAUACAAAUCAAAUGAACACGGGCAUCAUAUUAAAAUGCGAAGAAAAAGUAGAGAAGUGCGAAAGCACGAUAUCCCGGACGGCGGAUCCAGAGAUGACUCACAUAUAGAAAGUGAAAUUGACGAAGAGUAUUUUAGUAAGAAUAGAAAUGCCAGACAAUCUUUUGGAAAAAAUCGCAGUACAAAGGAUGGCAGAAUUGAUGCAUGCGAAUCGAAAAUUGAAAUCGUGACUCCUUAUUGGGCAAGCAACAGUGCAGGAAAAAUUCGCGCCAUCGUGAAUACUCAACAUUUCGAACAAGCAAUACAUCAAGAAGUAUGCUCAAAAACACAAACGAAUCGAUGCAGCAGUGACUGCGGAUGCGAGCAGAAGUAUAAGUGGCACAGGUUGCUCGCAUACGAUCCUGAUAAUGACUGUAAGGGUAUAUUCAUGGACUGGUUCUUGUUUCCCUCUUGCUGUGUGUGUAGAUGCGAUCCUGUCAACAGUAGCAAGUUCUCUUCAUCUAAUGGUCAAAACUGAUUUAGAAAUUGACAUAAAGAUUGACAUAGCUCGUAGUUCGAAAUUCGCCAUGGAACUCUGAUUACUCAAUGUAUUUAAACAAUAAGUUAAUAACUUUUAACAUUCAAUAAUAAGACAUCUACAAUAGUAAUACCUUUAACAUUCAGUAAUAAGAAAUGUUUAAUAGGUAUACGUAUCGGCAAAUUUGAGCGAUCUAUCACCUCGAUUAAAAGCUGAAGACAUUUUAUAAUACUAAAAAAAUGCAUAA